AGUAUUUGAUUUGAACUCUUUGUGUAAGGAAGUAUAAUAAAGUUAUUAAAUUUUAAAGGCUUUAUCUAUAAAAAAAAAAGAUAAGAACGAUUGACAUGAGACUUUUAUUAUUUAUUGGUCUUUUGUUUUCCGCCAACGUUGCUAUUAAUGGAUUUUCAUAUUGCUCAAGUUGGGAUCAACUAAACACACUAUGGCCUGAUUGGAAUGAUAAUACUAGUUUUAUACAAUGCAUAACAUUGCAUUUUUAUGGAAGACAUACUUGUCCACAGCCUCUAUUGUUUGGUUUUGCACAACAGGUUUGUGUUUGGCAAUUUCAAUGGCAACCUCCACCUAGUCCUGAUGAAAUUUUGAAUAUAACAAUGACUACAACUACUCGUGCUCCUGUAACAUCAACGACAUCGACAACAAUAUUGCCGCCAACGACUACUGAAUCCCAAACAGAAGUUCCAGUCACGACAACUCAAGCGUUAACUGACGAUCCAGUUACUACUACCCAAGCCCUCACUGACGAUCCAGUUACAACAACUCAAGCUUUAACUGACGAUCCAGCAACAACAACUCAAGCCUUAACUGAUGAUCCAGUUACUACUACCCAAGCCCUCACUGACGAUCCAGUUACAACAACUCAAGCUUUAACUGACGAUCCAGCAACAACAACUCAAGCCUUAACUGUUGAUCCAGUUACUACAACUCAAGCCUUAACUGAUGAUCCAGUUACUACAACCCAAACCCUCACUGACGAUCCAGUAACAACAACUCAAGCUUUAACUGUUGAUCCAGUUACUACAACUCAAGCCUUAACUGAUGAUCCAGUUACUACAACCCAAACCCUCACUGAAGAUCCAGUAACCACAACCCAAUCUGAGGAAACCACUACAUUGAGUGCUGACGAAAAUACACCACCCACAAUAUCCAUUAAUACUGGACCGAUAACAAUGCCAACACCUACCACUACAACAUUAGGAACACCUCCAACGCCAGGUCAAACAGAUACACCUCAAACAACAGAUGAAAUUAUAACACCACCUGUAGCAAGUACAACUACUUUUAUUACGACAACAGAGCUUGAAACAACAACGGUCGAAAUCACAUCUGAACCAACUGAGGAACAAACGACAACUAUAGAGACGACGACAUUAGAAGUAACAACUGAGGGCUAUACUGGCUCAACAAUACCUGAUAUACCCCCAACUCCAAGCAAUAGAAUGAAGAAAUUCAUUGACAAGUUUAUACCUUUACCAUUACUUCAUCUUAUUGAAUAAAUUUCAACGCAUUUUAGAUUUAAAAACGGAAGUGAUCACUAAAAUUAGCCUCGAUACAAUAAACAAUUCAGAUAGUAAUUUGUCAAUAUGCAUUAUCAAUAGAACCUUAUAAUAAAAUAAACCAUAAAAUUGACAUCAGGAAAUAAAAUUCGUUUAUUAUUGAUUCCUGUG